GGCGCUCGCAAUGACGUAUUUUUCAUGCGACGCAGAGGGUUGGCGUAGCAACGCAUGGUUGUUUGUGUGUUUUAGCGAAACUGCGCAUCAGACCACAUUUGGGAUUUUAUUUUGUGUUGCUUGUCAUUCGUGCACCAUGAGUGAGUCAUCUAUUCGUUCUCUGGGACUGAAAGUUGUUGUGGCUGCUUCCAACGAUGAGAAACACCCGCCGGAAAAUAUGAUUGACGGAAACGCCAACACAUUUUGGAUGUCCACGGGAAUGUUUCCUCAGGAAUUCAUCAUUCGCUUUGCAGAAAUGACAAACGUUUCUUCAGUAACCUUGGACAGCUAUAACGUCAAGCAUCUAAAAGUAGAAAAGAACACGUCGGAAAACGCCUCUCACUUUGAGUUUGUUGACGAGAAAGAACUGAAACUCACAGAGGGGCAGCUUCAGACAAAUUCUAUUUCACUUGGCGGAAGCAAUGUAACUCACCUUCGUUUUGUCAUCACCUCAGGAUAUGAUCACUUCGUUGCGGUGCACAAAAUAGGGCAGGCUUCGGUUAUCGGCCGGCGUCUUCUCGGGGGCUUUCUUAACGGCCGUCCAAUGACACGGAGAUGCCCGCUGGACCGCAACUCAUUAUAGCACAAAGCAUUACUACUGGGGCUGAUCCUGCGAUGGAGGGGGGAGGGGGGGGGGUGGAAAACGGAUGGGAUGAAUGAAGUUCUGACAGACUUCGGGAGAAAUCUUUUAAGUGUUUUUCUUUACCGAUGGGUAUAGAUGCUUGGAUUAUAUUUUCAGCACCCACAGAUGUUAAGAUCGUGUUUGAUUUUCAGUCAAAUGUCAAUGGAAAUAAAUUCAACUGUUGAUGAAAACCCUUCCGGGCUGGAGUAGAUGUCCAAAUGGUGAGCGCAUGUAAAAUCCAGAUAUUCCACGAAAUGUAUUGUGUUCUCAUCAGGAAGACGCCUCACCCUCUGCUCUGUUUAAACAGACUUUGAAUGCGUCCUUAUCAAGUUAGGAGUAAUCUUCCAUGCAUGCCAUGAACAAAAGAGCCACAUACUGGCAACGGGCUUUAAUUUGAUUUCAUGUCUGAUUUUGGAGGAAUUAGCUCACGAAGAGAAGGAGAUGAUCGGGCAAGAGGGAAAACAAUCUCAUUCUUUAAAUCCAAAUAAGGGCGUGGGCAUCAGGAGCGAAUGACAAAAGAUUCGGAGCUGAUGCUUGGAAUCCAUUAGUAGUGAUCAAUCAGAAUCCAGCGUUUGACUGGUAAAAUAUCUUUGAGACUGUGCUUCUAUUUUUUUUUUUUUGUAAUGAAACGCAGUGGUGAAUCAAAGUCAGAACAUUGAAAAAAAAUGAUUAGACCACUUUUAUCUCAUCAGUUUCUUGUUCAUUUUCAAUUUGUGAGCUAAUUCGUGUUUAUUUAUUUUUUCAAUAAAUGGGUAGAUUAGUGGUUAGCACUUCAGCUUCACAGUGCAGAGGUACCGGGUUCGAUUCCAGCUCCGGCCUCCCUGUGUGGAGUUUGCAUGUUCUCCCCGGGCCUGCGUGGGUUUUCUCCGGGUGCUCCGGUUUCCUCCCACAUUCCAAAAACAUGCAUGGCAGGCUGAUUGGACGCUCUAAAUUGUCCCUAGGUGUGAAUGUGAGCGUGGAUGGUUGUUCGUUUCUGUGUGCCCUGCGAUUGGCUGGCAACUGAUCCAGGGUGUCCCCCGCCUACUGCCCGAAGACGGCUGGGAUAGGCUCCAGCACCUCCCCCCCCCCGCUACCCUAGUGAGGAUUAAGCGGUUCAGAAAAUGGAUGGAUGGAUGGGUAGAUUAGAAGCAUUUGAAGCAUAGUAGUGGCAACAUCAUGCUUUGCUUUUUUGGGACGUUUUCUUGAGCUGGAAUUGAGGCCUCAGUCAAGGUGGAGCGAAUUACCAAAAAAAAAGUAGUUUACUGCUAUUACAUGUCAGGAAAUUUCAAAUAUUAGGGGCAGAAUCAAACUGCACUGACUUACAUUAAAACAGAAUAUUGAAUGGUAUAUUUUAUUCACGAGUAAAAUAAAAAUUCCUUAUUAAAAUGUCUUGAAAUGCAGUUGAUAUUGCUUUAUUAGUUUUCAUGCUUGUGGAGACAAAUGUUUAGCAACUUUCAUAAUAAUUUGCGUUGGAAUCAUCAUUUCGUCAACUCAACAUCAAAGGACCUGUAAAGUACAAAAAAAAAUAGCAUUCAAAAAUUACUUUAACCUUCAAUAAAUUAAUAUCAUGCAAAACUAAAUUAUAUAAUUUGAUAUUUUGAUUGGUUUAAUUAAAUGUCACCCAAAAAAAAAAAAAGUUAAGCGCUACAAUAACAAUAAUGAGCAAUGGCAAUGGCCUCCAGUGUCUGCUGUGAAGGCUUUAGUGUAAAAUAA